UAGAGCGGAGUGUGCUGGUGCUCCCCCUCCUUGCCCGCGGCCGGUGUUGGUUACUGCCAUCAUGGUGCCGGCAGCUCCCGGCGGCUCCGGGGAUGGAGGAGGAGACACGGCGGACCCGGCUGACUCCGCGGGCGGGAUUCUGGGGAGCCUGCACCAGCUGCACCGCUACCUGCAGUCCGCGGACCCCGAGCUGGUGUGCGAGGCGGCCCAUAACCAGCUCCGCCGUCUGGGGGAGGAAUGUGUGGUGACAGCGCAGGGCAGCAGCACGCUGGACUUGAAUACCUCCCUGAUUUUCUCCAAGGAGUUUGGCCUCCUUGUAUUUGUGCAUCAGUCUCUAAAGCCUGCGACCUAUGACUGUUUUCGAGAUUGCAGGGAAGAAGCACUAAAAUUCCUAUGUGCAUUCCUAGAGAAGAUUGGUCCAAAAGUUCACCCUUACUCAGUAGCUAUUAAGAAUGUGUGUAUCAUUGUUUACACAAAGGAUAAAGCGGCAAAAUGUAAAGUGCCUGCCUUGGAGCUACUGAUUAAGCUACUUCACGUUUUGAAGAAUUCAUACAUUGUUGAAGAGUUUAAAGUUGGUGAAAUUUUCAAUAAAUUCUAUGGGGAACUACCUAUGAAAAGUAAAUUGGCUGAUACAGUUCUGGAAAAGGUUUAUGAGCUUCUUGGUGUUUUGGGAGAAAUCCAACCUAGCGACAUGCUUGUCAAUUCUGAGAAACUUUUCAGAGCAUACCUAGGAGAACUGAAAACUCAGAUGACAUCAUCAACCAGAGAUCCGAAAUUUUCUGUGGUGGCUGGGUGCCUGAAAGGAUUAUCUGCUCUUAUGGUUAAUUUUACUAAAUCAGUUGAAGAAGAUGCUAAAACCUCCAAAGAGAUUUUUGAAUACACAGUGAAGGCAAUAAGUCCCCAAGUUGAUCUGAAAAGAUAUGCGGUGCCUUCAGCUGGCUUGCAGUUACUGUCCCGACAUGCUUCUCAGUUUAGUAUCUAUCUCAUGGAGAAAUACCAGUCCCUAUAUGAAGUAAUGUUCAAGUGGUGUAGCCAUUCAAACCCUGACAUGAGGAAACUAGCAACUGCAGCCAUAGAGGCCUUCCUUAAACAGGUAGCAGUGAUUGUAACCAGUGAUCCAGAAGCUCACAAGAGUAAGAUGAAAUUUUUCAUGCAGGAGUUCUAUAAAAUCAUCAGAAAAAUGGAGUCCGGUAACAAGGAAUUGGUUAUAGCUAUUCGAGGCUAUGGCCUUUUUGCUGGGCCAUGCAAGGCAGUGAAUGAAAAGGAUGUAGAUUUCAUGUAUGUUGAGCUUAUUCAGCGCUGCAAACAAACAUAUCUCACAGAAGCAGACACCGAGGAGGAAAAUGUGUACCAGCUCCCCAAUUUCCUUCAGUCAAUUGCUAGUGUGAUACUUCACUUGGACAAUAUUCCUGAAGUAUACACACCUGUUCUGGAGCGUCUACUGGUUGUACAGAUUGACAGUUUCCCACAGUACAGUAUGAAGAUGCAGUCUGCCUGCUGCAGGUCUAUAGUAAAGGUGUUCUUGUCUCUAGCAGGGAAAGGGCCAGUUCUAUGGAAUUUAAUCAGCACUGUGGUGCAUCAAGGAUUGAUCAGAGUGUGCUCCAAACCAGUCUCAUUUGCAAGGGAUGGAGGGCCAGAUUCUGACGAUGUAGCUUCUUCUAGUGAUAUCCGAACUGGAAAAUGGGCAGUACCCUCUUACAAAGACUACCUGGACCUCUUCAGAAACUUACUCGACUGCGAUCGGAUGAAGGAAUCCAUUUUUUCUGAUGAAAUAUUUCACACCAUUAAUUCGCCUCUGCAGUCACUGAAUAGGUUACUGUAUGAUGAACUUAUAAAAUCUGUUUUGAAGAUUAUUGAGAAAUUAGACCUUUCUCUCCAAAAACAAGAUGCUGGUUACAUGGGUGAUGAAGAAAUAAGUAGUUCCUUUGUGAUCGCUACAUCUGACCCAACAGCUAAUCUUCACCCUACCAAGCCAAAAGAUUUUACUGCUUUUGUGAACCUGGUAGAAUUUUGCAGUGCAAUAUUACCAAACAAGCAUGUGGAAUACUUUGAACCAUGGGUAUAUGUGUUUGGUUAUGAACUCGUGCUUCAAUCUACACGCUCGCCGCUGAUCAGUGGUUUCUACAGGCUUCUGUCAAUUGCAAUGAAAAAUGCAAAACAAUUAAAAUAUUUUCAGGGCAUCAGUCCAAAAAGUAAUGCAAAAUGUCCAAAUGAUCCUCAAAGGUUUUCUUGUUUUGCUCUUUUUGCUAAAUUUGGAAAAGAGGUAUCUGCAAAGAUGAAACAGUUUAAAGAUGAGCUCUUGGCUUCCUGUUUAACAUUAAUUCUGUAUCUGCCCCAUGAAAUCAUCAUGUUGGAUAUUAAAGCCUACAUCCCUGCAUUACAGAAUGCAUUUAAGCUGGGGCUGAGCUGCCCAUCCCUUGCUGAUGCUGGCUUAGAUGCACUGGAAGACUGGUCGAAUCGCAUCCCUGGUCAUGUUAUGCAGCCUUAUUACAAAGAUAUUCUUCCAUCAUUAGAUGGGUACUUGACAAAUGUUUCAUCGACAGAUGACUCUUUGAAUGCCAUGGAAGUUGUUCGACUUUCUCGCGCAUCACAAAAAGGUUUCAACAAAUACCUGAUUCGCCAACUGAAGAAAGUGAAGACCUUGUCUGUGAAGGAAGAAUCAUCCUUGGCAGCUGUUAGGAAUAGAGUAAUCCGAAUACUUGGCUCGCUUGGAGGACAAAUCAAUCGCAGUUUGGUGACAGCUGAAUCUACUGAGGAAAUGAUAAAGAAUCAUGUUUCAUGGGACACCGAGAAAAGACUGAAUUUUGCUGUGCCAUUUGUUGAUCAAAAACCAGUCAUCUACUUGGACACAUUUCUCCCUCGUGUCACAGAACUGGCACUCUCUGCUAGUGACAGACAGACAAAAGUUGCAGCAUGUGAACUUCUGCACAGCAUGGUUGCAUUUAUGUUGGGAAAAGCAUCUCAGAUGCCAAACACCAAUACUGACUCAACUCCAAUGUAUAAAUUGUACAAGCGUGUGUUUCCUGUAUUACUGCAGUUGGCAUGUGAUGUAGAUCAGGUAACAAGGCAAUUGUAUGAACCUCUUGUCAUGGGCCUCAUACAUUGGUUCACGAACAACAAAAAAUUUGAAAGUCCGGACACGGUUGCUUUGUUAGAAGCUAUUUUGGAUGGAAUAAUAGAUCCAGUUGACAGCACGCUCAGAGACUUUUGUGGCCAGUGUGUUCAAGAGUUUCUGAAAUGGUCCAUAAAGCAGACAACUCCUCAACAGCAAGAGCGGAGCCCUGCAAAUACAACUUCACUGUUUAAACGACUCUACAGCCUGGCCCUUCAUCCUAAUGCAUUUAAAAGAUUGGGGGCAGCUCUUGCCUUUAACAACAUAUACAAAGAAUUUAGAGAAGAGGAGGCAUUGGUUGAAAACUUUGUAUUUGAGGCAUUGGUUGUAUAUUUUGAAAGCCUGGCGCUGUCACAUUCAGAUGAAAAAUCCUUAGGAACGGUUCAACAGUGCAGCGAUGCCAUUGAUCACCUGAAACGAAUAAUUAUCCGCAAGGCUCCUUCUCUUAACAAGCAAUCUAGACGGCGUGCACCAAGAGGUUUUAAGGAAGGCUCGUCAGUUUGUCUACAGAAUGUUGUCUUGUGGCUUUUAGAACAGUGUGGGCAGCCUCAAACUGAAUGCAGACACAAGGCCAUGCAGCUAUUUUUUGAAUUUGUGCCUUUGUUACCAGGUAGCAGACCGCUUUCUGCGUGGCUGGAAGAAAAUAUAAAGAAGCAUGGUUUUCUCUUCCUAAUCAGUAGGAUUGAAGGUGCAGGCAGUGUUGAUGAGAUAAGGUCGGGGAUACUGCAUUUUCCAACUCUAAAAGAACUAAAAGAGUCCUUCUGCUUGAGAGCUGUUAUUCGGUGGAUGGACAUGUUCCUUGCAGCUCUGGACUGUUACAAUACAUUUAUCGGGAUGCGCAUUGUGAAACCAAAUAUUAUAUUUGAUCCAUCUGGGAAAACCUCCUUCCUGAGAUCUUCACAAUUCUUCAUCAGUUAUCUCUCCAAGGAGGAUGUCAUGGCAGCACAAAAAUGCUUUGAAACAGACUUUAAAGUGAAUGUGUUUAGUCCACAAGAGAGAGAAGAGUACAACUAUAGCAAAUGUACUAUAAUAGUGCGGCUUAUAGAAUUUGUUACAAUGAUAAUGGAAAAUUGCCAACAAGAUUUCUGGAAGGUUCUUGAAAGUGAGCUGCUUAAUGACAGUAUGUGGGAGCUGGCAGCAAUCACUGUGUGCAAUCCCUCCAGCAUUGGUUUUAAUACAGCAGAUGUUGAAGUGAUGAAGAAUCUACCUGAUAUUUGUGUACGUCUGAUGAAAGCACUUGCGAAAACACCUUACAUAAAUGACUUGGUGCCUUUCCUGCGGAAUAGGAUAACCACUCAGAGCAUUGAAGACCUUUGCUCUGUUGAUAUAUAUGAUCCAAGUACCAGACAUGACCGUGGUAUGUUGAGUGCCACUCUCGCUACUUGCCAACAGCUUCACAGGGUGCAGUUACUGAAUUCUACUCUGCAAACUCAGAUUGCAGGUCUUCACUUUACUGUUGGACCAAAGCUACUUUCGGUUGUUUAUAAAGGCAUUGCUCCUGCUGAUGAAAGAAAAUCUCUUCCUUCUUUAGACAUUAAUGGCAAACGUCUUGCUGAGGGACUUUUACAACUGGCUUUUAAUUUUGGUGGACAGUGUGAGGAACUUGUUAGCCUUCUGCUCAAUACCGUUAUUUUGUCUGUGCCCUUGUCUGGAGCAUCACAGAAAAAUUUCAUCAACUUUUCUCAUGGAGAAUAUUUCUACAGUUUGUUUUCUGAAACCAUAAACACAGAACUUCUGAACAACUUGGAUACUGUUGUACUUCAGCUUCUGAAAUCUGCUGUGGAAAACCCCAAAAUGGUGGGCUGUGUCCUUAAUGGAAUGUUGGAUCAAAGUUUUAAGCAGCGCACAGUUAGAAAGCAACAAGGUGCUAAAUUGGUCAGUGCAAUACUUCAAAACUGGGGCCAACUUAAGCCAUGGUGGGGUGAGAAUUCUACUUCUGAGAGCAAAAUGGCUGUCCUUACGCUACUUGCUAAACUUCUUCAGAUUGAUGCCUCUGUGUCUUUCGACACGAGCCACGCAGCCUUCACUGACGUUUUUAAUACAUAUAUAAGCUUUUUGUCCGAUCAGAAACUUGGGCUUAAUUUGAAAAGUCAAGCAAUUCUGGUUCUUCCUUUCUUUUCCAAGCUCACAGGAGAAAAACUAACAGAAUUGAAAAAUACCCUUAAUACCUUUGUUGCCUUUAAUUUUCCCAUGAAAUCUGAUGAAUUUCCUAAAGGCACUUUGAAGUACAAUAACUAUGUGGACUGUGUGAAAAAGUUUUUAGAUGCUCUUGAAUUGUCUCAGAGUCCGAUGUUGCUACAGCUAAUGUGUGAAAUUCUGUGCCGGGACAGCAAGCAUUUCAUGGAAGAUUUGUUUCAAAGCAGCUUCAAAAAGGUUGUUCAGAGGGGUACUUCUGAUAAACAAGUAGUAUUUCUGGAGACACUUCACAAUAUGUUCCAAAGUGAUGACUUGCUAUCAAAUGCAACCCGACAGUCUAUAAUGGACAGAUGCCUUCUUACUCUCCUGUGGAACUGCAAUUGGGAUGCAUUGAAAGACUUCUUCAGCAAAAUUAUUAAUCACACAAUGGACACAUUGAAGAGCAGAUUUAACAAGGUGCCAGAAGCAUUGUUUGAAACACAAAUUACCAAGAAACUGGGUUAUUACAAGAUGUUGGAAGUGCUCUAUUCCCGUCUCUCCAAAGAUGAGAUAUAUUCCAAAGAAUCGAAAAUAAAUCACGCAUUUGAAGGAUCCUCAAACGCAGAAGGAAAUCAGCUGACAAAGGCAUUAGUGAAAUCCUGCUAUGAUACUUUUACAGAGAACAUGUCAGGCGAAACGCAGUUGCUGGAGAAAAGGAGGCAGUACCAUUGUGCUGCGUACAACUGUGCCAUAGCUGUUGUAAGCUGCGUCUUUUCAGAAAGUAAAUUCUAUCAAGGAUUUCUUUUUACGGAAAAGAAAGAAAAGAACUUACUCAUAUUUGAAAAUCUAAUUGACCUCCAACGGUGCUAUACAUUUCCUAUAGAAGUAGAGAUACCAAUGGAGCGAAAGAAGAGGUAUCUUGCCAUACGUAAGGAAGCAAGGGAAGCAGCAAAUGGAGAUUCUGAUGAGCCCAGAUACUUAUCUUCCCAGUCCUACAUGGCAGACAGCAGUUUGAGUGAAGAAAUGAGUCAGUUUGAUUUCUCUACUGGGGUCCAGACUUUUUCGUUCAGUUCUCAGGGCUCCAGGUCUGCUCAGAGUCGGAGCAGAAAGAAGGAGAGGGUUACUGAUCUUCAGGCAGCAGAUGAGGUUAUGGAGUUUGAAAUGGAUGAGCUUAAUCAACAUGAAUGUAUGACGGCCAUGACAUACUUAAUUAAACACAUGAAGAGAAAUGAGAUCACGCCUAAAGUUGAGGAGGGUGUGACUCCACAAGACCUACCUCCAUGGAUGAAGUUUCUGCAUGUAAAGCUAGGGAAUCCAUCCACUCCCUUAAACAUUCGCCUUUUUAUCACCAAACUUAUUGUAAAUGCAGAAGAAGUUUUUCAACCUUAUGCAAGAUUUUGGAUUGGUCCACUAUUGCAGUUAGUUGUAUCUGGAAAAAAUGGAGGUGAUGGUAUACACUAUAUGGUAGUGGAGGCUGUAGUCACCUUACUGUCUUGGUCAAGUGUCGCUACACCUACUGGACUUCCCAAGGAUGAAAUCCUGGCUAAUCGAUUGCUUGAAUUUCUGAUGAAAAAUGCAUUUCAUGAAAAGAGGGCAGUGUACAGGCAUAACCUGGAGAUUACCAAAACCGUUCUGGAAUGCUGGAAGGACUGUCUCCACAUACCUUACAAGUUAAUAUAUGAUGGGUUUUCAGGCACAGAUCCUGAUAAGAAAGACAACUCUGUGGGAAUCCAGUUACUGGGGCUAGUCCUGGCUAAUGAUUUUUCUCCAUUUGCUGAUACAGAACAUACAAUAGGUUGUGAGAGGUACUUUCAAGCUCUGACAAAUAAUCUUGCAUUUACAAGAUUCAAAGAUGUUUAUAUCGCGGCCGCUGAAGUCUUGGGACUCGUUCUUCGAUACAUUGCUGAAAACAAAAAGUCCAUGGACGAACCGGUUUUUACGUACGUAGAGAAAGAAUUGAGGCGACAUCAUGCCAGUCAAAGAGAAGACAAGUUCAUAAUGUGCUUGAAUAAAAUAGUGAAGAAUUUUCCACCCUUUGCUGACCGGUUUACGGUCAUUGUGCUCUUUUUACUGCCGAAACUUCAUGGAGUUCUAAAGACCCAGUGUCUUGAAAUAAUAAUGUACAGAGCUGAUGAAAUAUCUGAUCUUUUUAUUGAACUGAAGCAUAAAGACUUCAUCCAGAUCAUGAACAACAGAGAUGAUGAACGGCAGAGAGUGUGUCUCGAUAUUAUAUACAAGAUGUUAUCCAAACUGAAACCCACAGAACUUCGAGAGCUUCUGACUGUUGUAACCGGAUUUAGCUCACAUUCAUUUCCUUUGUGUCGAGAACGCAUGUAUGACAUUCUCAUGUGGAUCUAUGAUAAUUACAGUGAUGAAGAAAGUCAGUCUGACAGUGACUCACAAGAAGUAUUUAAAAUAGCCAAAGACGCAUUACUGCAAGGAUUGGUGGAUGAAAAUGCAGCGCUCCAGCUUAUUGUGCGGAACUUCUGGAGUGCAGAAACCAGGUUGCCAAUAAAUACUACAGAACGCGUCUUAGCCAUUCUGAACUCGUUAUACUCCACAAAGAUUGAAAAACACUUCCUGAGCCUAGCUACAAACCUGCUUCUUGAAAUGACCAGCAAGAGCCCGGAUUACACUAGGCAGAUAUUUGAACAUCCACUUUCAGAAUGUAAAUUCCAGGACUAUACCAUUGAUUCCAACUGGCGGUUUCGCAGUACUGUCCUCACGCCUAUGUUUGUGCCAACACUAGCAUCACAGAGUGGAUAUCGAUCAAGAACACAGGGAUCUCUUGUCGCUCAGGAGACAGUGGAAGGGCAAUUGCGAGCCACCCAGCAGAACUAUCAGUUUACCCCAACACAGAAUUUGGGUGGGAGAAGUUCAUUUAAUUGGCUGACCGGAAGUAGCAUCGACACAUUAGCAGACUACACAGGUGAUGCCUCUUUAGAGUCCAUUUCCUCGGCCCUGUUGUUUUCCAGUAAAAAGAGUGAAAGACUACAAAGGGGCCCUCUGAAACCAGUGGGGCCAGACUUUGGCCAACAGAGACUGAGACUUCCGGGAGAUGAAACAGACAGUAAAACCAAAGGAAUAGAAGACAGAUCAGAUAUAUUAAGAUUGCGUCGGCGCUUCCUAAAAGAUCAAGAGAAACUCAGCAUCAUCUACGCAAGGAAGGGAGCGUCUGAGCAGAAACGAGAAAAGGCAACAAAAGUAGAGACAAAGAUGAGACAAGAUGCUCAGGUUAUUCUGUACAGACAUUAUCGACACGGGGACCUGCCUGAUAUCCAAAUUGCAUACAGCAGUUUAAUCGCCCCACUGCAGGCACUAGCACAGAGAGACCCCACUCUGGCCAAGCAGCUCUUCAGUUGUUUGUUUUCUGGAAUAUUUGCAGAGACCGAGAGAAUCAAGGAUGCCAGAUCUAUGCACACCAUCACUACGACAAUGCGAGAGCAAUUUAACCACUUCCUGAGCAGCACAGUAUCCUACUUCCCUCCAUUCAUAUCAUGUAUUCUGGACAUGUGUUACCAAAAUACUGCCCUACUUGAUCUCAACCCAGCAAGUGUUAGCACAAGCUGUUUAGCCAGUCUGCAGCAGCCAAUGGGUAUUCUACUGCUUGAGAAGGGGAUUUACAACCUUAAUCCGGUUGAUGAGCCACCUGCCAAAAAGAGAAAAACUAAAGCUGAGAUCCCUCCAGAUGUUAUCCGUUGGAUAGAGCUUGCUAAGCUGUAUCGUUCAGUUGCAGACUAUGAUGUGCUUAGAGGUAUUUUCAGUGGCAAAAUUGGAACAAAACCAAUUACUCAAUGUGCACUGAAUGCUGAGGCCAAAUGUGAUUAUGCCAAGGCAGCUAAACUCUAUGAUGAUGCCCUACAGACAAACUUUGAUGAUGGAGACCCUACAGAUGCUGAAAAAGAUUUCUGGGAAUUGGCUUCACUUGAAUGCUACAAUCAUCUAACAGAGUGGAAACCACUGGAAUACUGUUCAACAGUCAACAUUGACAGCAACAACCCUCCAGAUCUUGGCAAAAUUUGGAGUGAUCCUUUUUUUCAAGAAACUUAUCUUCCGUACAUGAUACGCAGUAAGGUAAAGUUACUUCUUAAUGGGGAAAAUGUCCAGCCUUUGCUUACCUUUAUUGAUGAGUCAAUGAAGGUUGAACAGAGAAAAGCCUUAUUGGAAACAUUUUACAGCCAGGAGCUGAGCCUUUUGUAUAUCUUACAAGAUGAUUUUGAUAGAGCAAAAUAUUAUAUUAACAAUGGAAUUCAAGUCUUCAUGCAGAAUUAUUCAAGUAUUGAUACCCUGCUGUACCAAAGCAGAUUGACUAAACUACAGUCUGUCCAAUCCCUUACUGAAACACAAGAUUUUAUUCACUUUGUUGGCAUUCCCGGUAAUUUAUCUUCUCUGCCUUCACUGAAAAGACUUUGCCAUAUUUGGACUACAAGAUAUCCAGAUGAAAAAACGGACCCGAUGAACAUCUGGGAUGACAUCAUCACUAAUCGGUGUUUCUUUCUGGAUAAAAUUCAGAGUAAAUUGCCCAGUCAGCAGGCAGAUGAAAGCAUGGAGAUGGAUAGUAUUAAACAUGAGGAUGAGCCAAUGGAAGUGGACACACCAGGAGAUGUGAACAGUUUGAUCAAAGAAAGCAAAUUUACCAUGAAGAUGAAGAUGGUGGACAGUGCCAGAAAACAGAACAACUACUCUGUUGCUAUGAAAAUUUUGAAGGACCUUCAUAGAGAGUCCAAACUCCGUGAAGACUGGCAAGUAAAGUGGGUCCACAGUUAUUGUCAUUACAGUCACAGCCGAUGUCAGAGCCAGAGUUGUCCAGAAAAAAUACUUACUGUGUUAAAAACAGUCUCGUUGCUAGAUGAAAGCAAAUCUGAAUAUUUAAAUAAUAAUCUCCGGGCAUGUAGAGAUCAGAACAUUUUGCUUGGUACCACCUACAAGAUUAUGGCUGAUGCCAUCUACAAGGAACCAGACAGUCUGUGUCACAUUGAUCAAUCAAAGGCCAGAAAAUUACAAGAGAUUUCACAGUCCCAAGAAGAGAUAGGGGUAGAACUCUACAGGAAGUCUCUUCAUCACUUGAACAUUGCAGUUAGGAAGGCUUCUGAAGAAGAGCAGUCUCUGUCUGUAGACAGUGUGGAUGUCAAUGGGGUUAUUAAAGCUUACAUGACUUUGGUAGAUUUUUGUGAUGCACAUCUCAGAAAAGUGGAAGAGAAAUCAUCAGUGUUGAAUGCAGGUGAAUUGCAAGCUUUCCCAGCAAUCAUUGUAGAGAAAGUGAUUAAAGCCUUAAAACUGAAUUCCACAGAUGCAAGAUUAAAAUUUCCUCGACUGCUUCAAAUAAUUGAACUGUACCCAACAGAAACUUUGGACUUAAUAGCAAAAGAGGUUCGUUCAGUUCCCUGCUGGCAGUUUAUUGGUUGGAUCAAUCAAAUGAUGGCGAUGCUUGAUAAAAAUGAAUCUCUUGCAGUGCAGUAUAUUAUAGAGGAUAUUGCUAACAAUUACCCUCAGGCUCUUGUUUACCCAUUCAUAAUAAGUUCAGAAAGCUUUACAUUUGAAGAUACAAUUCAUGGGUAUAGAAACAAAGAAUUUGUGGACAGAAUUAAGGAGAAGCUGCAAAAAGAUGUUAAAGGUUUUAAAGAAUUAAUUCAAGAAUUGGAACAGCUUUCAAACCCAUCAAUGAUAUUCCAGGAUUGGUGUUCUGAGGUCAUGAAUGAAUUAUCAAAACCUAAAAGAAAUAAAGAUAAAAUUAGCAAUAUAUAUGAGGAGAUGCACACAGGUUUGAUGAAUAUACUCGAUAAAUCCAAUGGUUCAUUCAGAAGGAAUUUUGCUAAGAAAUACGGAAAGGAAUUUGAGAAAAAUUUUGAGAAAAAAAAAUUACUUGAUAUGAGUGCAGGUGAUUUUACCAAGGCUGUCAAACCACUGCAGUCAAAAAUGAGAGAAGGUCAAGAAAAGGAACCAGGGAAUUUAAAUGAGUAUUCUCCCUGGAUGAGCAACUUCAAACCAGAAUUUCAAAAUGAUCAGCUAGAGAUUCCAGGCCAGUACGAUGGUAAAACCAAACCAAUGCCAGAAUAUCAUGUAAAAAUCUCUGGAUUUGAUGAACGGGUUAAAGUUAUGUCUUCAAUAAGGAAACCAAAGCGGAUCAUCAUUCGAGGAAAUGAUGAACGAGAAUAUCCGUUUUUAGUGAAAGGUGGUGAAGAUUUACGCCAGGACCAACGGAUUGAGCAACUUUUUUCCAUCAUGAACAUCAUCCUUUCUCGAGAUGCAGCUUGUAGCCAAAGGCACAUGCAGCUAAAAACAUACCAAGUGAUACCCAUGACCACCAGACUAGGCUUGAUUGAAUGGUUAGAGAAUACCUGCACAUUAAAGGAUUUUACUUGCCAUGCUAUGUCUGAAGAUGAAAAGAAAAACUGCCUCAGACCACUUGAUCACUAUAAUACUUGGUUGGACAAAAAAGAUAAAAAUGGAACCCCACUGCAACAUAUUGAAACGUAUAUAAAAGCUGAUCGUUCUAAGACAGUCACAUCCUUUAGGGAAAGAGAGGCUCUUGUUCCUGGAGAUCUUUUGAGGAGAGCAUUUCUUAAAAUGAGCACAACUCCUGAAGCCUUUCUGGCUCUGCGCUCUCAUUUUGCCCGCUCCCAUGCUUUGCUCUGUCUCAGCCACUGGAUCCUCGGUAUUGGUGAUCGGCAUCUGUCAAAUUUUAUGAUCAAUAUGGAAACUGGAGGGAUGAUUGGGAUAGACUUUGGUCAUGCGUUUGGCACAGCAACUCAGUUCCUGCCUGUGCCAGAAUUGAUGCCUUUCCGUCUGACUCGCCAGAUUGUAAAUCUUAUGUUGCCAAUGAAGGAAACUGGUCUUUUUGAUAGUGUCAUGAUACAUGCUUUACGAGCAUAUCGCACCCAUCCUGAACUCCUCAUUAAUACCAUGGAUGUGUUUGUAAAGGAACCUUCACUAGACUGGAAGAAUCUGGAGCAAAACCAAAAGAAAAAAGGAGGUCAGUGGACUAAGGAGGUUGAUAUUCGUGAGGUUAACUGGUAUCCUCUGCAGAAGAUUAACUUUGCAAGACGAAAGCUGACUGGUGCAAAUCCAGCUACAAUAACAUGUGAUGAACUGCGCCUUGGACAUGAAUCUUCUAAGGCCUUCAAGGGAUUCAUAGAUGUUGCAAAAGGCUACAAAGAGCACAAUAUAAGAGCAACAAAGGAUUCUGAUGGACUUUCAGAGGAGGAGCAGGUUCAGUGCCUUAUAGAUCAAGCCACGGACCCCAACAUUCUCGGCAGAGUGUGGAAAGGGUGGGAACCCUGGAUCUAAAGAAUCUAACCAAGUGGGCUUCAAUCUGUAGAAAAUAUACAGUAUAUAUUGCACUAAUAUUUUUAAGAACUAAAAGUAGCUUAUUUGACAGUACUAUUCACAAACUGCAUAGCUGUGCACUUAGAAUACACUAGGUGUAUUAAUACAAACCCUGUUUAAUAUUGAACUUGCACUAUGACACAAAGAAAUAGUUCUAAAUAAUGUUAUAUUGUUUUUAAUGUCUAAUAUUUGUGCUAGUGUUAAUAUGACCGGGUACCUUCUGUUAUAUAGACGCUGUACAAUAUAAUCAUAGUAUCUACAUGCUGCUUUGUAUUGUGAGUACACACCGAUGAAAGCCUUUGGAAUAUUGAAGA